AGAGCCUUUAUAUAUAUGACCAAGGUUUCAUACAAGAAAUAUAGAGGGAAGAGUUAGUUAUUUGCCAUAUAUCCUUGAACCAGUAGCCGUUAUGAUUGCCCUACAUGAUAUCUACCGUGUGGUGGCAGCCACUGUCCCUUUGUAUGUUGCCAUGAUCUUAGCCUACCUCUCCGUAAAAUGGUGGAAGCUCUUUACACCAGAUCAAUGUGCCGGAAUCAACAAGUUUGUGGCAAAAUUCUCAAUCCCACUAUUGUCCUUCCAAGUCAUCUCCACAAACAACCCCUACAAAAUGAACCUGAGUCUUGUAUGUGCAGAUUUCCUUCAGAAGCUUCUCGCCUUUCUCGCGAUGGCAAUAAUCUCCAAAUUUAGCUCCAGAGGAAGCCUCAAGUGGAUCAUAACAGGUCUUUCACUCUCAACACUGCCCAACACUUUGAUACUCGGACUUCCACUACUAAGAGCCAUGUAUGGGGAUAAAGCGGCCGAGCUCCUUGCCCAGAUUGUCGUGUUACAGAGCGUGAUUUGGUAUAAUCUAUUGUUGUUUCUGUUUGAGCUCAGCGCUACAAGAGAAACCUUUGUCACAACACCAUUAGAAUCCACAGGGGAUCCGGAGACCCAACAAGAAGCACAACGAAAAGAGGGAGGGGAGGACACAACGACAAAUAGAACUGCUACCAAAAGAAAAAUCAUUCUCAUUCUUCUGACAGUGGGAAGGAAGCUCAUAAGCAACCCGAAUACUCAUGCAACUAUGUUAGGCCUUAUUUGGGCAAGCAUACACUACAGGUGGGGAGUACAAAUGCCAAAGAUUGUUGAAAAAUCAAUAUUAUUGUUAUCGGAAGGAGGACUUGGAAUGGCAAUGUUCAGCUUAGGUCUCUUCAUGGCAUCAAGGUCUAGCAUUAUAGCAUGUGGGAUCCGAAUGGCAGUGUUAGCCAUGGCGUUGAAGUUUGUAGCCGGACCUGCCCUAAUGACAGUGCCCUCCAUAGUUAUUGGUUUAAGGGGAGCAUUGUUUAGAGUGGCAAUUGUGCAGGCAGCUCUUCCUCAAGGAAUCGUGCCAUUCGUGUUUGCCAGAGAGUAUAAUGUAUAUCCGGACAUCUUGAGCACUGGGGUGAUCUUUGGCAUGCUCAUUGCGUUGCCAAUCACGUUGGUCUACUACUUCCUGCUAGCACUGUAAUCCAGAGCACAGAAGACAUAUUGUUGAAAAGGUUGAUUUUAUUUAUAUUCAGAAAUUCUUUGGCAUGUUACAAGACUAAUUCUCUGGCAGAAACAAGAGACUGUUGUAUUCUUUAAUAACACUACUAAGCAUAUGUAUGAAUAAUAUAGGAAACAUGUGGAAUGUAUGGUUAGUUUGUUGUCGUUCUUUGAAAUUAGACAGAAGAACAUGUAGAAAUUAGAGUGUAUAUAGGAUGGAACAUUUUUAACAAGCCUGGAUGAGGUACCAAUGUUGUGUCCCCAAAAAAAGGUCAUUUGCUGUCGUUUCCAUUGAGUUCGUGCAAUACAACCCAAAAAAAAAAAUUAUGGAAUUA